AUGGCUGCGCUUCCUACACCAAAAGGAAUCCCAGGUCGUUGGCCUUCGACCCCCGGGGCUUCUAAUACACAGGAUUACUCCUUCCCAGAGGCGGGAUCCCUCGCAGCAGAUUCCGAUUUAGAGGCCGGUUUAGCACCUAUUACACUGAACGAGGAUGCUCGGCGGCAUUCAAAUCAAACCGGGUCAGAUCAAACAAUUGUGGAUGAUGACCCCGGGACAGAAGCAAAGGGAAAUGAUGCUACAAACUAUUCUAGUGCAUCUAGUAGUCUUCAUGACCUUGCAAAUAUGACCACCACACAGCCCAUCCAUCCAGCACCCGCUCGUAGAGAGUCCACACAAGUAGGACCAGCAACUGGGGAAGAAGAAAUCUUUCGCAUUCUCUCACGGCGGAGAACUAACGCCUCCUCGCAUCAUGAAGAGUUGCAGGGAUCUAAGCAAGAAAUUGAGCAGCUUCUUUCAUCUAUAUUCGGAAGUUCUCGUAAAAGCGAUUCUCAAGAAGAGAAAGCUCGUCAUCUUGGUGUUGUCUUUAAGAACUUGACCGUAAAAGGCCAAGGAUUAGGGGCCAGCAUCCAGCCAACCAAUGGAGGGUUACUUUUGGGUCCUUUCAGGGCACUCUGGGGGCUUCUUUCUAAGGGUUCUAAGGCUGGAUUCGGGAAGCCACCAAUCAGGACUUUACUCAAUAAUUUUACAGGAUGCGUUAGACCUGGCGAGAUGUUGUUAGUAUUAGGGAGGCCGGGAUCUGGUUGCUCGACAUUUUUGAAGGUUGUCGGUAACCAGAGAAACGGCUAUGAGAGUAUUUCGGGCGACGUUCUUUAUGGUGGAGUUGACAGCAGCGAGAUGGCCAAAAGGUUUCGUGGCGAAGUCCUCUACAAUCCUGAAGAAGAUCUACAUUAUGCUACAUUAACUGUAAAGGAAACCCUAAAGUUCGCUCUUGAGACACGUACGCCAGGGAAGGCUUCCCGGCAGGAGGGCGAGACUCGAAAAGAAUAUGUCAACGAAUUUCUCCGUGUCGUCAGCAAACUAUUUUGGAUCGAACACACCCUUGACACAAAGGUAGGGAACGAACUUAUCCGCGGUGUCUCCGGUGGUGAAAAGAAACGAGUUUCUAUUGCAGAAGCAAUAGUCACUAAAGCCUCUUGCCAAUGUUGGGACAACUCCACUAAAGGGCUAGAUGCCAGCACGGCAAUAGAAUAUGUGGAAUCGCUUCGCACUUUGAGUAACAUGGCAAACAUUUCCACCCUGGUUGCACUAUACCAAGCAGGAGAGAGUUUAUAUAAACUUUUCGACAAAGUUAUUCUUAUUGAUGAAGGAAGGUGUGCUUACUUUGGACCUACCGAGAAUGCGAAGGCCCAUUUUGAGAGUUUGGGUUUCGUUUGUCACCCUCGAUGGACAACUGCAGAUUUCCUGACCUCUGUCACUGACAAGCACGAGCGACAAAUCAAAGAGGGUGGGAAGAUAGGGGGAGAUAUCGAAGAGUUCGAGAGUACUCUCGAGGAGCAAAAGAAGGAAAGGAGUAAGGAGAUGUCAAAGGAAACGAAAACUAAAAAUUACACCAUUUCAUUUCCUAAACAGGUUAUCGCUUGCACGAAACGACAGGUUAAGGUGAUGAGAGGUGAUCCACUGAGUUUGGGGGGAAAGUGGGGAGGAAUUCUGUUCCAAAGUUUAAUCGUUGGGUCUCUGUUUUAUAAUUUGCCUAAGAAUGCGGCCGGAGUGUUCCCUCGUGGAGGUGUUUUGUUUUUUACCCUUUUAUUCAACGCCUUGCUAGCCCUAGCAGAACUUACGGCGGCGUUCGAUUCUAUUCCGAUAUUGAUGAAACAUAAGAGCUUCUCAUUUUAUCGCCCAUCCGCAUAUGCCAUAGCUUUGGUCCUUGUCGAUUUACCCCUCUGCUUUAUUCAGGUCUUCAUAUGGAACAUAGUCAUUUACUUUAUGGCCGGAUUGCAACGUACCGCGUCCCAAUUUUUCAUCAGUUUAUUGAUUAUAUUCUUCGUUACAUUGUCGAUGUAUUCAUUUUUUAGAAUGCUUGGGGCAUUCUCUUCAAAUUUGGAUGCUGCUACUAGGAUCACUGGUGUCUCAAUUCAAGCCUUGGUUGUCUACACAGGCUAUCUUAUCCCGCCCUCAUCUAUGCAUCCAUGGUUCUCUUGGAUAAGGUGGAUCAAUCCUAUCCAGUAUGGAUUUGAGGCUCUCAUGGCCAAUGAGUUCUACAAUCUGGAGAUCGAGUGUGUGCCGCCGUAUCUGGUACCAGUUGGUCCUGGUGUUCAGCCACAGUAUCAAUCUUGUCUUUUGCAAGGCGGUCGGCCCGGAUCCACCACUGUGAACGGUGCAGAUUACAUACAAUCGCAGUUUACCUAUACAAGAUCACACUUAUGGAGAAACGUCGGAUUUAUCAUAGCGUUUUGGCUUUUCUUCGUUUUUAUGACAGCACUGGGUUUGGAAUUGAAGAAGCCGAAUAAGGGUGGAGGAGCUGUCACCGUAUUCAAGAGAGGACAAGCCCCAACGCAUGUUGAGAAUGCUAUGAAUAAGGGUAAUUCCGUGGAUGUAGAGGCUGCAGAGAAAGAAGUUGGUAGGAUCGGCAAUGAGGAAAGUAAUAAUCGCACCGAGGAAGCUGCAGUCGCAAAGAAUGAUACAAUCUUUACCUGGCAGGGAGUUACAUAUACUAUUCCAGUUAAAAAUGGACACAGGACACUUUUACAGGAUGUCCAAGGAUAUGUUAAACCUGGGAGACUCACUGCCUUGAUGGGAGAAUCAGGUGCCGGAAAAACCACUCUUCUCAAUACUUUGGCUCAGCGUAUCAGCUUUGGUGUGGUUGAAGGCACUUUCCUAGUUGAUGGCCAGCCUCUUCCUCUCUCAUUUGCCCGCGCUACUGGUUUUGCGGAACAACAGGAUGUUCACGAGCCGACUGCAACUGUAAGGGAGGCCUUACGGUUCUCUGCUUUACUAAGACAGCCAAAGGAGGUGUCUACUGAGGAGAAGUAUGAUUAUGUCGAAAAAAUAAUUCAUCUUCUUGAGAUGGACGAGCUCGCAGGGGCCACAGUUGGAACCCAGGGCAAUGGCUUGAACCAAGAGCAGAGAAAGCGGUUGACUAUUGGUGUGGAGCUUGCGAGUAAACCGGAGCUUCUCAUGUUUCUCGACGAGCCAACUUCAGGCCUUGACUCAAAUGCGGCGUUUAAUGUAAUACGAUUUUUGAGGAAGCUUGCGGAUUCUGGCCAGGCCAUUCUUUGCACCAUUCAUCAACCGAGUGCAGUCCUUUUUGAGAAUUUUGACGAUUUGAUUCUUCUGAAGAAGGGUGGACGCGUUGUCUAUCACGGAGAGCUUGGGCAGGAUUCCCAAAAGAUGAUCAAGUAUUUCGAAGGCAACGGCGCGCCUAAGUGCCCUAAGGAUAAAAACCCUGCAGAAUAUAUGCUCGAAGCAAUUGGUGCUGGAGAUCCCAAUCGAAAGGAGAAGGACUGGGGUGAAGUUUGGUCGAACUCCAACGAACACAGCGAGCGAGCACGUGAAAUUGAACAAAUUGUUUCAGAUCGACGUUCUAAAGCUGAUUCCUCAACCCACGAUGACCGCGAGUUUGCUAUGCCUUGGUUCACACAGGUUUUGGCGGUUGUGAGAAGAACCUUUGUGUCGUACUGGAGAGCACCGGAAUACGUCGUUGGAAAGUUCGCACUCCACAUUUUCACAGGUCUUUUCAAUGCCUUUACUUUCUACAAGCUUGGAAAUACUUCGAUUGAUAUGCAAUCUCGACUCUUUAGUGUGUUCAUGGUGCUCACCAUAUCCCCACCACUUAUUCAACAGUUGCAGCCAAAAUAUUUGCAUUUAAGGGAUCUUUUCAUGGCUCGCGAAAGCUCUUCAAAAAUCUAUCACUGGUCUGCCUUUGUAAUCGCUGCUAUUUUAGUAGAAAUACCCUAUUCAAUUGUAGCUGGAACUUUGUUUUUUGUUUCCUGGUUUUUCCCUGUCGGGUUCCCAAGAGAUAGUUUUACUGUUGGGUACACAUGGAUGCUACUAAUGCUGUUUGAACUAUACUAUGUCAGCUUUGGUCAAGCUAUCGCCUCGUUUUCGCCGAACGAACUUCUUGCCAGUUUGCUUGUCCCGGUAUUUUUCCUCUUCGUCGUUUCAUUCUGCGGUGUUGUCAUACCAUUUGCUGGUAUUCCAAAAUUCUGGCAUUUCGUAUACCGCGUCAGCCCAUUCACCUACCUAGUAGAAGGCUUCUUGGGUGUCCUCGUCCACAACGUGCCUGUUAGAUGUUCUGAGAACGAAUUGGCGAGGAUCCCGAAACCACCUGGGCAAUCGUGUGAGAACUAUACUACUGCGUUUAUUAGGCAAGCCGGAGGGUAUGUUCAGGAGGUUGGAAAUGAGUGCAGGUUUUGCCAAUAUUCUGACGGAGAUGAAUUUGCGAGAAACUUUAAUAUCUAUUAUAGGCAUCACUGGAGAAAUUUUGGUAUUUUCUGGGCUUUCAUAGUCUUUAAUUUUGCGGUCGUAUUCAUUUGCACUUGGUUAUACUUAGGUGGUUUGAAGAAGAUGCUGAAACGGGGGAAGAAGGUAGCGAAAAAGUGA